ACUUCCUCUUUUGGUUUCUGCAAUGUGAUGUGCCACAAUUCUGGAUGAUUCAUUAUAAACACAAUGACACAAGUAGACUACAGGUUUAGAGAUGUACAGUUUUGGUUGGUUUGCUGUUCGAUCAAGAGAUUAUACAUUACACUGAAGGAAGUUUUUCUGACAGAUUUCUUCUAGCACAACACACCUGGUUUAUGUCUGUAGUUCUGAAUGGAGAUAGAGUUUUGUUAUGACACCAGCUGAAGCAUCUGAACCCUGCCUACAGAGCCUCAGGGAUCGGCGUGUGUCUCUUGUGGACAAACUCGAGUUCCACAUUGAUUCACUUAUAGAUGUAUUAAUUGCAAAGAAGGUCUUCACUAGAGAUGAUCGAGAGGAGAUACAAUAUGAGAAGGGUCCACGUGGAAAGGUCCGCAAAGUACUGGAUAUAUUGGAGGGGAAGGGAGAAGAGGCAGCUAAAAUCUUUAUUUCUACAAGUAGCCACCUGGGAGAGUUCAACAUAAAGGCUCUAAAACAGACAUCAGAAUUCCAAAAGGUCAUAGCAAAGCAUAAAGCCACCUUGAGACACAGAAGUGAGUGUAUGCUCUACUAUAACACACGGCAUGGAGAGAAGAUCCCCUUUUCUGAACACUAUGUCAAUCUGCUGAUUGUAAAAGGCCACCAUAGUUUAGAAAUUAAAAGACAUGAGGUUUUAACCUUUGGACAGCAGCGCAUUUCUCUUCAGCAAAAUGCUACGGAGCAGAGACUGAUCAAGCCAGCACAGCUGUUUUCCAGUGAAACAGGCAAAAAGCCAGCCAAAAAGAUUUUGGUGACUGGAGUUGCAGGGAUUGGGAAAACUGUCCUGGUCCAGAAAAUUCUUUGCGAUUUCAGUAAUCACAAAGAACAUCAAUCCUUUGAUUUCAUUAUUCACCUGACCUUCAGGGACCUGAAUCUUGUCAGCAAGCCAGUGAGCCUACGAGAACUUCUUCUCCGUAAGAAUGGACAUCUUUCUAAGCAUCUUGACACCAUCACUGAAAAUGAUGCUAAACUCUUGAUCAUUCUGGAUGGUUUUGAUGAAUUUAAGCACUACAGGGGUUGCGAUGUGGACGUCUUUUUGACAGAUAUUGAUGAGGAAGGCGAGGUGGUGGAAGUCGUGUCCAGCUUAAUGUUAGGGGAGCUCCUCCCAGGUGCCUCUGUGCUGGUUACCAGCAGACCCAUGGCUGCUAGCCACGUCCCCACUGGAUCCAUUGACUGCUUUGUUAUCAUAACUGGAUUCUCCACUGUUGAGAUCCAUGACUUCUUCCAGCGUUUCUUUCUGGAUGAGGAGCUAGCUACUAAGAUGUUUGACUUAGUAGCAGCAAAUGAACUAAUGCUUACUCUCUGCUACAUACCAGCCUUCUGUCAUAUUGUGUGUAGCAUUCUGAAAGAAAGUAAGGGUCUGUACCCAGCUCACUCUAGAACAAUGACUGAUAUUUACGUUCAGUACUUGCUGGCAUUGGUCAAAUCACACACAAACAAUCGAAUUGAAUCAUUAAGCAAUAUCAUUGGCAUGAAGCAUCAAGAGCAACUACAAGAAAUCCUAUUAAAGCUUGGCAGAUUGGCAUAUCAGAAACUAAUGAAUCAAGAAACUCUGUUUUAUGGCAACAAUGAAGAAAUAGCUAACUGUGUUAUCACAAGCACUUUUCUGGACAAGACAUUGAUUCAGGAGCCAAGCUACACUGAAGACGUGUAUUCCUUUACACAUCUCACAAUACAGGAGUUUUUUGCCGCACUUUAUUGUGCCAUGGCAGAUGUACCCUUAUCAGAGACAUUAGGUUCAGGCAAUGAAUAUAGUGUUGAAAGUCUGCCAGGCAACCUGGAUUUGUUUACGAGAUUCCUUUCUGGCCUGCUAUCAGAGAGGAACCAAGAACUGCUCUCCAGAAGUAUUGGGUUUCAAAAGCAGAACGAUAAAAUGCAAUCCUUCCGACUGAAACUCGUAUCGGAUACUCAGGCCACUUGUGAGAAUGGCGCUUACAUUCUAACACAGUUGCACUGUAUUUUAGAGCAACAGGAUGUGCUACUAAUGCAGGAACUCAAGCUGCAAUGUCUGCAUAUCAACCUCAGUGACGUCACGCUCUCCACCAUGGACUACAAUGCUGUGAAACACUUCCUCAAUGAAAUACAUCUGAAUAUAUCAGAAGUGGAUCUGACUGAGACAAACAUCAGUGCUGAAUCACUAAGAGAUUUACAGCCCUACUUGCUCAGAUGUGAGAAGAUAUGGCUGGGGGAAAACAAACUGGACCUGGAAGCAAUUAAGGUAGUUGCUGACAUCCUGCAAGCAUCUGAUAACUUAAAAGCACUUGGUUUAGGAUGGACAGACAUUGGUGACGAGCAUCUUUUUGUACUCACAAAUGCUAUCAAGACUAAUCAAACACUGACAGAACUCUGGAUGGAGGGGAACAGAAUCACUUUUGCAGGCUUAUCACCAUUAAGUGUGUUUACACCUUCUCCUCUUGAGAAAGUUGUUGCUAUUUGGAACAAUGUAACUGAUGCUGAAGGAGAACACCUCAACAGCCUCUGUACUGAGCCCUGCUUCACCGUGUCCUUCACAGAAAGUAGUAUGUGGAAAGGCUGGGCCAGCUGGGUUCUUCAGAGAUGUGAGGUAAGUAGCAGUGAGAAGCUGGUGAAGAUCCUGUACAAAGUGUGUGACAUAUCUGUCCAUAGCCUAGAAAGCCAGUGGGCCAAGACUUUCUAUAAAAGCCUGACAAAACUAAUAAGGACACGAAUUGAGCAGUGCUUGGAAGAGGAUGUGCGACGGAAACUGGAGAAGUUUGAGACAAUUCUGAGCACAUAGUGGAUUUCUCACUGCUGGGAUUUACCAGACUUUAGAAGCUGUUUUACACAAACCAAAGAGAAUAUUUUUUCUAUCUGAUUAUAUAUUUAUUUAUUUAUUUAUUUUUGUUCAUUAUUUUAUUACAGUUUAUAUUAUAUCAGUUAAUAUUAUAAAAUUAUUUGUUGAUUAAUUGUAUUUAUGUGUUUUCAUUAUUAUUUAAUACGAUUAUUUUAUUUCUUUCAGAUCUUCUGAGUUAUUUGUUAUCACUAAUUAGUGUCUACAAUUGUUCUACAGUAUAUUAUUUUAUGGCUAACAAUAAUAAAGGAGUACAUCAGUUGUGUUAUGAGAAAAUAA